CGUGGAUCCCUCCGCGCUAGGGAGGUGGUGCGGCCGGGGUCCGCCAUUUUGGUUACCUGAAGCCUGCGCGGAAGGGCGGCCGAGUGUUUAUCAUGUUGGGCUCUGGGUUCAAGGCAGAGCGCUUGCGAGUCAACCUGCGCCUCGUCAUAAAUCGUCUCAAACUGCUGGAGAAAAAGAAGACUGAGCUGGCCCAGAAGGCAAGGAAGGAGAUUGCAGAUUAUCUGGCAGCGGGGAAAGAUGAGCGUGCCAGGAUUCGUGUGGAGCAUAUCAUCCGUGAAGAUUACCUUGUGGAGGCCAUGGAGAUCCUGGAGCUGUACUGUGAUCUGCUGCUAGCACGCUUUGGCUUGAUUCAGUCCAUGAAGGAGCUGGACUCUGGCCUGGCAGAAGCAGUGUCUACACUGAUCUGGGCUGCACCACGACUCCAGUCAGAAGUGGCUGAGUUAAAGAUUGUUGCUGACCAGCUGUGUGCCAAGUACAGCAAGGAGUAUGGGAAGCUGUGCCGGACAAACCAGAUUGGGACAGUCAAUGACAGGCUCAUGCACAAGCUGAGUGUGGAGGCACCACCCAAGAUACUGGUGGAGAGAUACCUCAUUGAGAUUGCUAAGAACUACAAUGUGCCCUAUGAACCUGACUCCGUGGUGAUGGCUGAAGCUCCUGCAGGUGGAGAGGCAGACCUGAUUGAUGUGGGCUUCACAGAUGAUGUGAAGAAGGGUGGUCCUGGAGGAGGAGGAGGUGGUGGAUUUACAGCCCCAAUGCUUGGUCACGAUGGAUUAGUACCCAUGCCAGUGAUGAUGCCUAUGCCCAUGCCAACACCAAAUCCACCCUUUUCUUAUCCACCUCCAAAGGGACCGGAGAACUUCAAUGGCCUACCAGUGGGGACCUACCAGCCUUUUAGUAACAUACAUCCACCACCAAUUCCAGCAACUCCUCCAACAUAUGAGUCUAUCGAUGAGCCCAGUGCUGACAAGGAUGCCUCUGCGCCAGUGGUGGGGCCUGGGCCCAAGUCAGAAGCUUCUCCUAAACCCAAAGUUGGAGCUCCUAAUACCGUCGAUAACUUUGUACUGCCUGAAUUGCCAUCCGUGCCAGACACGCUGCCCACAGCAUCUGCUGGUGCCAACUCUUCUGCCUCUGAAGACAUUGACUUUGAUGAUCUUUCUCGGAGAUUUGAGGAGCUAAAGAAGAAAACAUAAAACUGGGCUGUAAGCCCAGUGUGUGGGGCAGGAGCUCUGACAGCUGCUUCUCUCUGAAAAACACUCCCCUUGAAACUGGUUUCCUCUAUUAACCUCAAAUGAACACGCUCUUCUUUUCGAGCUCUCUUCCUGCUGUACUUAAACCAAGUGCUGCCACUUUCCUGAUCAUUGUUGCUCCAGGAGGUGAGACAUGGGGAAUCUUGUUAGGCUGGUGCAGGGAAUAGCUCUGUCCAGUCUGGGUAGCUGUACAGAAAAGCUGUACUGAUCUUCUGGGUGCUGUUUCUGGCUCUCUGCUCCUCCCACAGGGAAGGGAGGCGAAGUCUGAGACAGGAUAGGGCUUUCUCCUCUGACCUAGUGGGCUUAAGGGCAGCAGCAUCCACGCACUGCCACUCUGCUGUGGCUUGUGCAGUGGGGAUGGUUAAGUCCCUGUUGUAGGACCUUUGGCUAGUGGGGGCUGUGGUGGGGAAUAUGAUGAGGAGGAAUAGUAUUGCCCUUUGAGGGUGUGCAGGAUGCUGGCACUUCGGCCAUCUCACUCUCCUGGUUCUGGUUUGCCUAAUGUUCUCUUUGGCUCUCACUUGGGGAGUCCUCCCUGGCUGUCCUGGUGUUCUUGGCAGGGAGUCUACCCUGCUCACAGAAG